AUAAUAAACAGACGGUAUGUAUGUAAAGAUAAAUAUAUUAUAUUACUAUUACGUGUGUUCCAAGCCAAAGCCAAGUCCGUCCCACAUCCCUCUCUCCCUGCCUCCGAAACCACUCGAAAGUGCAAGAAUUUCUGGGACGACGCGACGCUGUUAAGCCCGAAAUAUUGUUAUCUGAAAGAAAAGGGUUUAAAAAAAGAAAAAAAAAAAACAGAAGCUAUUGGGCCGUUGAUUUAAGUACGUGAGUAGGUUGAUUUGAGUGUAUUUUGGUUCUGUGGGUAUUGUGGUUUACAGCCGUUGAGGUGGGAGUGAAUGGGUGGUGGAGUGUGUUAGGAUUAUUGGGUGAGCCGUCGGUGGAUGAGUUUAAUCGGAGAAAAAUGCGCAAGUCUUUCAAGGAUUCCCUUAAGGCCCUCGAAGCUGAUAUUCAGUUUGCCAAUACCCUAAAGAAGUAACUCAAUUCAUCAGGUAUAUUUGGCAGGUUUUGCUAGAAAUGAUGGCUUUUAACAGUUAAAGUAUGUCAUGUUGAUGCAGGGCUUCUGAUUAUCCAAUGGAAUACGAUGGCACAUGCCUUCAGAUGAGAUUAUCCUACUGUCCUGCUGCUCAUUUCUUCCUCUUUCUUGUUCAGUGGACUGAUUGUCACCUUGCUGGUGCCUUGGGAUUGCUUAGAGUUCUCAUAUACAAGGUAUAUGAAGAUGGGAAGACCACCAUGUAUAUUCAUGAGAGGAAAGCCACUCUAAAAGAGUUCUAUGGUGUAAUAUUUCCCUCUUUAAUGCAACUUCAAAGAGGAAUCACUGAUGUGGAAGACAGGAAGCAGAGAGAAAUUUGUGCUGCCAAAUACAAGAGAAAAGAUGAGACGGACAAAGGAAAGCUCUCUGAAAUUGAUUUAGAGAGAGAAGAAGAAUGUGGAAUUUGUAUGGAGAUGAACGGCAAGGUUGUAUUGCCUAUUUGCAACCAUUCGAUGUGUAUGAAGUGCUACCGAAAUUGGCGUGUACGAUCUCAGUCAUGCCCCUUUUGCCGGGAUAGUCUCAAAAGAGUCGACACAGAUGACCUUUGGAUCUACAUCAGUAACAAUGAAAUUGUCGACUUGUUCACUAUCUCCAGGGAGAACGUGAAGAGACUUUUUAUGUACAUCGACAAGUUGCCUGUCAUUGUUCUGGAGCCCAGAUUUGAUUCAUAUGACCCUUAUCACCGUUAACAGACUAGAUACUGGGGCUGGGGAAAAAACUUGUACAUAACAUUUUGUGACUUGUACAUAAUUCUUGUCUCCCGCAAGAUGGCUGAUAAGGUAAAUUGCUUUCAGCAUACCUCGAAAGUAUAUUUGAUUUUUUUUCUUUUGUUGAUAUACAUUAUAUUUUAUAGUUUGCCGUACAUUAUAGAAAAGGUUGACCUAGCUCAAA